AUUUUUAUACAUACUUUUCAAKUGCAAGGGAAAAAUCCAAAGGACUUGAUAUAGCAUGGAACAUUGUUUUCUAUUUUCUUAAAUUUUGCUGAGGAUUUCAUCGAAUAUAUUGUGUUUUGACGGGCUUCCUGUAGUUCGGUUCUUGGAAUUGAAACAAAGUGAUCACAUCAAACUGAGGCCUUCUGUAGUCAAGUAUCUGUAUAUCUGACUGUUCGUCGUCAGUGAGGUAUGUCAGAUAAAGCACCUUUCAAURARCCUCCACCUCCAUAUCAAGAWAAUGAAGGCUAUCAAUACCACCCACCUCCAAACCCACCACAGCCUAAUCAAUAUGGAACCUAUUCCAAUCAGCAGUACGCAACAGUAUUUACACAGCAACCUAUGCCUUCAACAACCACGCACAAUGUUACAGUUGUGCAGCAUACUAUUGCACCAACCGUAACGCSUCCAGAAUACGCACCAAAGGACUAUUGUGGACUGGCUUGGUUUGCUUGUCUGUGUUGUUGCUGKCCCUUUGGAAUUUGUGCAAUUAUCAACUCCAAUAAUGCAAGUGAUGCUAUUCUUCGGGGUGAUUUUGUCAGUGCCGCAAGCUACGGUCAAUCGGCCAGAAACUAUGCGAUUGCUGCCAUAAUAUGUGGGAUAGGCAUCAUUYCAACCUUCUUSUUGKUGCUCUCUUUGUCCSSGGGGUGAUGGCKUUCAGUAUCAGUGUAACUUUUACAACGACAUUUACAGCUAUUUCAGAAAAUAUUAAAUACUGAAGAUAGUGUAUUCCAAGACUGAAUUGCAUUGUUAGUCGCUCUAUCCAUGUCGAAAAUGAUAAUAAGCUACCCCCCUCCCUCCUCCCCCCAGGCUACCACUAGCCCCGUUCAGCCAAUAACUUAAAUGGAAAGCAAUUCAAUUAUGUUUAGAGUUGGAGUCAACAAUGCAUUGCAGUUCUUGAAUGCAURAGUAUCACAGCGAUUCAAUAUUUUAACUUUUUUGAAAAUAGCUGUAUACAGAAAGAUUUCGUGUAUUUUUGGCUAUUGAUAGUUUUCAUUCAUUCCCAGAGAUACAAAUGAUAAAAGACCGGCGGCCAAUGUUGGAGGAAUGAACAAUAGAUACUAAUGAGAAAUCCUUAGUUGAAGUUCCUCCACGAUGGCCGCUGUGACGUAACUUGAAAAGGCUUGAWAAACGAAGAAUUAAAAUUUUGCAUAAUUCGGACUUUUUCCCACUCCAAGCAAUUUAAAAAAAGUAACAAUAAUGAUAAUAAGAAUCAAUUUCAAAUACUGUAUUGAAGUGUCAAAGUGUAUAAAACAAGAACCACUUCGUGGAACAUACCGUGUCCAGGUUACCCUAAUAUAUAUUUUUACCAGCACC